GUGAAGCCGGGCAGACUGGGUGCGAGGAGUUUGUGGCAGCCAGAGACAUGAUCAGACAGCUCCGAGCAGGGCUCCUACUGAGCCGUGCAAUUUCCCGGUAUUCACAAAGAUGGAAGGGAAGUUUGGCAAAUGAGAGAGCCUUGCAGUAUAAACCAGGAGAAACGAUUCAUGGUUUCACAGUAAAUGAGGUUACACCUGUCCCAGAAUUAUUUUUAACUGCUAUUAAGCUCAGCCAUGACAACACGGGAGCAAAAUACUUGCACAUCGCAAGAGAGGAUUCCAAUAAUUUAUUUAGUGUUCAGUUUAGAACAACACCUCUGGACAGUACUGGCGUCCCACACAUACUGGAGCACACCACGUUGUGUGGCUCUGAGAAAUAUCCAUGCAGAGAUCCUUUCUUCAAAAUGCUGAAUAGAUCGUUAUCUACAUUCAUGAAUGCAUUCACCGCCAGCGACAACACAAUGUAUCCAUUUUCAACACAAAAUCCCAAGGAUUUUCAGAACCUCAUGUCUGUGUAUUUGGAUGCCGUUUUCUUCCCAUUCUUGAGGGAACUGGAUUUUUGGCAAGAAGGAUGGAGACUAGAGCACAAAGAUCCAACAGAUCCUAACUCUCCAUUGAUCUUCAAAGGCAUCGUCUUUAACGAGAUGAAAGGAGCAUUUGCUGACAAGGAGAGAGUGUUCUUACAGAAGGGUCAGACCUGGCUGCUCCCGGAUCACACGUAUGGAGUUGUAUCAGGAGGAGAACCAUUAGACAUUCCAGAUCUCACUUGGGAGAAGCUAAAGCAGUUCCAUUCCACAUAUUACCACCCGAGCAAUGCAAGAUUUUUUACGUACGGCAACUUUCCUUUGGAAAUGCAUUUAAAGCAAAUACAUGAAGACGCCUUGAGUAGAUUUGGAAGAAUAAACACUGACACUAUGGUUCCAGCACAAAAACGCUGGCAGUCUCCUAGGGAAUACCACGAAACCUGUGCCACAGACUCCUUUGCUUCUGAUCCAUCUAAACAGACAAUGGUCAGCAUUAGCUUCCUGUUAUCACAACUUACAGAUUCUUUUGAAACCUUUACGUUAUCCCUUCUGUCUUCGCUAUUGGUUAAUGGACCUAAUUCUCCUUUUUAUAAAGCCUUAAUUGAAUCCAACCUUGGGGCUGAUUUUUCUCCUGACACUGGCUUUAACAGCCACACACUCGACACGUACUUCAGUAUUGGAUUACAAGGAAUCUCUAAAGAUGAUAUUGAAACUGUGAAAAAUAUAAUUUAUACGACCAUUGAUGAAGUCAUUGAGAAGGGGUUUGAACCUGAAAGGAUAGAGGCCUUGCUUCAUAAAUUGGAAAUACAGACAAAACACCAGACUACAAGCUUUGGACUUCAUCUUGCUUCAUGUAUUUCGUCUACAUGGAAUCAUGAUGGCGACCCUGUGGAGCUCUUGAAAACUGAAGAACAAAUCAAUAAAUUCAGACAGUGUCUUAAAGAGAACCCGAAGUUCCUUCAAGAAAAACUCAAACAAUAUUUUAAGGACAACCAACACCAAAUGACCUUAUCAAUGAGCCCUGAGGAGAACUACAAAGACAAGCAGUUGCAGCUGGAAACUGAGAAACUGAACCAAAAGGUCAAAGCACUGUCUGAAGAAGAAAGAAAGCAAAUCUAUGAGAAAGGCUUGAAAUUAAUAGAGCUGCAGAGCAAACCUGAGGAUGUAUCCUUCUUGCCAGCCAUCAAAGUGUCUGAGAUUGAACGAUGUAUUCCUAAUACAGAACUGGAAAUUGCAUACUCCGGGGGUGUUCCUGUCCAGUACUGUCCUCAGCCGACCAAUGGGAUGGUAUAUUUUCGAGCAAUAUCCAGUUUAAACCCUUUGCCUGAGGAGCUCAAGCCGUACGUCCCUCUCUUCUGUUCUGUUGUCACAAAGAUGGGAUGUGGUGCUUAUAAUUACCGGGAACAAGCUCAACAAAUGGAGCUGACAACUGGUGGAAUGUCUGUCAGUCCGCACAUUGUGUCCGACGACUCCAGUCUGGACACUUAUGAACAGGGAGUUCUCUUCUCAUCGUCGUGCCUGGAUAGAAAUGUUCCAGACAUGAUGCAUCUCUGGAGCGAAAUUUUUAACAGUCCGCGUUUUGAUGAUGAGGAGCGACUAAGUGUUUUAGUAAGAAUGAGUGCCCAAGAAAUGUGUAAUGGGAUAUCAGAUUCAGGACACCAGUAUGCUUGGAUCCGUGCUGGAAGGACUCUUACACCAACAGGAGAACUGGAGGAACUGUUUGGUGGAAUGGAUCAGUUAAACAUGAUGCAAAGGAUAGCAGAAAUGCCCGAUAUGAGUUCCGUGCUCCGUAAAUUAUCUCGUAUCCGGAAAUAUGUCCUUCUAAGUGACAGCUUACGGUGCUCGGUGAAUGCCACCCCACAACAAAUACCCAUCACAUCAAAGGAAAUAGAUAACUUCUUGUCUGGACUCCCCAGGAACAAGAAAGAGCGCAAACCUGUCCGCCCCAAUGUAGUUGAGAAAUAUUGCAGUCAUUCGUCUUCCGAAAAUUCUCAGAAAAUCAAGAGGAAGCUUAUAUGUGAGCCAACGUUCAAACCAUGCCAGAUGAAGACACAUUUUUCUCUAGCUUUUCCUGUAAAUUACAUUGGUGAAUCUAUAAGGACUGUCCCCUUCAUGGACUCGGACUAUGGGAGUUUACGUUUACUCGCACGAGUAAUGAGCAAUAAAUUUCUUCAUGGUGAAAUCCGGGAGAAAGGAGGAGCUUAUGGGGGAGGAGCAAAACUCAAUUUUAAUGGAAUUUUCACAUUUUACUCGUAUCGGGAUCCAAAUUCAUUGUCAACACUAACUACAUUUCGAAAGGCAAUUGAGUGGGCAAAAUCUGGAAAAUUUACAGAAGAAGACCUAAACGAAGCUAAGCUCUCUGUAUUUUCAAAAGUAGAUUCUCCCACUGCUCCUUGUAAUAAAGGCAUGAAUCAGUUUUUAAGUGGACUCAGUAAUGAGAUGAUACAAAGACACAGAGAACAACUUUUUGCCGUCAGCCAUUCGGAUCUGGUUAAUGCGGCAGGAAGGUAUUUAACUGCUGGUCAGUGCACUCGUGGGACUGCAAUUCUGGGGCCAGAAAAUGAAGCUAUUCAAAAAGAUCCAACCUGGAUUAUUCGAUGAAUUUUGCACAAACAAGAGACUAUUUAGGGGAAAAAAUAACAUAUUUAAAAGGAUUUUAGCUUUUUUUAAAAAAUAAUUUUCAUUUAAAGCUGCUGAUUUUCUGUUUAGGGUUUUUUGUAUUAAUGUCUUUGUACUUCAUUGGUGCAAAAUAAAU